AUGAGACUAGAGAGAGAUGUCAAGGAGGCCUCCCGCAGCACUUCGCCAAAGUCAACCAGUAAUUGUAGGCGAAAGGAGAAGAGAAAGAUGACAUGCUUCUCAGAGGACGUGGAUAAUGGAACGGAGACAGAUGAGGAUAUUGGAAGUGUUGCGAGAAGUGCAGCAUACAGUGCAAGUUGUUUUGGAGAGGAAGAAGCUUGUACCUUCCUCUCAGCUGCAAAACAAGAAGAAGUGGAUGGAGAAGAGAAACGGGAGUGGGAACGAGGAAGCUGCGACGAGCUGGGAGAAGAUGCAGGAACGGUUGCGGUUGCUGGGUGA